ACUGCAGUCAUAAACAUUAGCUUUAUAAAAGCACAACUGUCUUAUCCUUUAGGUUAAGAAAUGUUGAUAAAUUAAGGCAACAUUCCGUUUUCUCCUAACAUUUUAUUCUUGGUCCUACUAAAAUACGACAUAACCGUCUUUCCAUGUUAUUUUUUUUUACAGUUGUUGAAAAGCUCAGAGAAAUGAUGGAAGAAAUUGAAAAUGCGAUUAACACUUUUAAGGAAGAGCAGAGGUUGAUUUAUGAAGAGCUUCUUAAAGAAGAGAAAACCACCAAUAAUGAGUUGAGUGCCAUAUCAAGAAAAAUCGACACGUGGGCUUUGGGUAACUCAGGAGCAGAGGCGGCUUUCAGAGCCGUGUCAGGCAAGCUUCCUGUAGACAAAGAAAUGCUGAGCACUCUUCCAGAAGAAGUGGUAGAUUUCGAAAAAUUCCUUCAGCAAACAGGAGGGCGACAAGGGGGCUGGGAUGACUAUGACCACCAGAACUUUGUGAAGGUGAGAAACAAACAUAAAGGGAAGCCAACGUUCAUGGGAGAAGUUCUAGAAAACCUUCCUGGAAGAACACAGGAGGAAGUUCAGCAGCACGAGAAAUGGUAUCAAAAAUUUCUGGCCCUGGAAGAAAGAAAAAAAGAGGUAAUAAUCACAACAAUAGCUAUUACUUGUUGUAUGUUUCUGUCUUCCAGGCACAGUGCUAGACUCUUUAACAUGGAUCAUUAACUUUACAACCACUCGUGAAGUGUGUUUAUAGUCCCCUACCCCACUGUCCUAUAAAAGAGAAACUGAAGCAGUGAGAAGUUAAGUAAUCUUACCCAACUAAGGGAGCGCCAGUUGAACUUCCUCAAGACCAAACAUUUCUACCCUAAGAAAUACAACGGGCCAGAAAACUUCUGAUGGUGGGCAAAACCCCCCUGUGUCCGCCUGAAGUGUGGGAAAUCCAGAGCUACUUAGGCUUUUGGUAAAAGUCAUCUUACCACCAAGGCCUGAUUGUUUUCAAGAGAAAAUAAAAAGGCGGUAGGGAAAGACUCUUUGAUUCUUAAAUGUUUCUUGGAGUUUUGGAGCUUAAGCCUCAUUGUUUAUUUUAAAAGACUCAAGGUGUUGGCUACCCCAGAGGAAAGACUAACUCUUACUGGUAGCAAAUACCUAACAGGUUCCAUUUUCACAAUAAUAUUACUCUGGCUUUGGUUUAAAUCAGGACUUCUCAACCUUGGCACCGUGAACUGUUUGGGCUGGAGACUUCUUUGCUGUCCUGUGCACUGUAGAUGGUUAGCAGCAUCCCUAACCUCAACCCUCUAAAUGCCAGUAAUACCCCCUUAGUUGUGAUCAUCAACGAUGUCUCCAUGCAUUACCCAGUGCCCCCUGGAUGGCAAGAAUUGCCCCUGGUUGAGUACCAUGGGUUUAGAUAGUCU